AUGAAUCACCAAGAACCCCUAGCUGUGUAUUCACCGGUUACCAUAGCUACCUCAGUUGGACUGUUACUUUCAUUGCUAAUUUCCAUAACAUUAUGUGGAUGGUGCAUCAGCAAAGUCAAACACUCAUAUCGGAAAUAUAAGAUUGGUCAAAAAGCGCACAGUUCUGGAGCUCACAUCCAUGUAUCUAAAAGUGAAGAAUCCAUUCCUCUUAAAAAGAAACACCACAAACACCAUCUAUCUCAACCUCCUGCAUCACAGGUUCAGAAACCCGCUCAACAUUCCCACCCUCAUACGCCUCAAAUCCAUAAAGCACACCAACCUGAAAAACCAAAGAUUGUUGUUGAACAUGAACACAAGACUCCACAGACAUAUUUACAUGUGUAUCCACAGCAACGAGAGAAAUUUACUCCAGUAUUGGGAAGGAGGACCAUUGAUUUUGAGCGUCCAGUCCGAAAAGCGACCUCCUUAGAGCAUAUCCCACCUCAGCGUGAAGGCAUGGACGAUUCAUCGUCUGAUAUGUCAACGACCUCUCCAAUGAUUUCACUGGCAUCAUUAAAAGACACUCUUGGACUG